UAAUUCAAUGAUAUAUUUCGUGUUUUUGGCAAGGUAAUUAAUGCUGAUAAAAGUAGUUUUUUGCUCAAAAUCUUGAAUCUGUAUACAUUUAUUUAAAAUAUUAUAAAAUUUUCUAAGGCGUAUCGCACAAACAUCUGUUGCCUUAAGCAUUAAAAAAGAUUUGAUGAUAAAAGUAGGAAGCAAAUGUAAAAAGUAUUUGGUUCUUUGAACGAUGAAUGGAAAUCAACUACAAAUUUAAGUUUGUGAUUCAGUUAUGAAGUAUAUGAUAGUGUUUUGAAAAUGCAACCUCCUGUCUGAUAUUUUAAACUAUUUAAUACAUAGUAUAGCAAUACAUUGGGAAGUAUUUGAAUCAAAAAUUGUUUAGAAAUUUUGCAUUCUUCGCUUGUUAUGGCAGAUUCUUCAGCUGGGCAGAGUACAUGCAAUGAUUCAAUAGAAGAACAAAGUAAUUUACAUUCAACUGAUGUAGAAAUAUCUAAUGUUGAUACUGAAAUUCCAACUACAGAAGCGACUUCUUCACAGUCAAGUAAUGUUGAAGAUCUUUCAUCAGCAAGUCCAGUAAAAGAAAAAGUGACCAUUCCAGAUGAUAAAUCAGAUUCAAUCUACCACAUAAAGUGGAUCUCUCGGAAUGGAGUUAAAAGUCCAGUCAUAACACAGAAUGAAAAUGGACCCUGUCCCCUUAUAGCUAUUAUCAAUGUUCUCAUCAUGAAGGGCCGAGUCAACUUGCCAGCAUUGGUAGACAUUGUGACAACAGAAAAGCUUAUGGAAUAUCUUGGAGAUUGCAUUUUAGAUAGUAUACCAAAAAAUAUUCCUGAAGGUACGCAGCUAAAUUAUGAACAAAAUAUGCAUGAUGCUAUGGCUGUUUUGCCCAAACUUCAAACCGGUUUGGAUGUCAAUGUAAAAUUUACAGGAAUCAGUGAUUUUGAAUAUACUCCUGAAUGCAUAAUUUUUGACCUUCUGAGGAUACCUUUAUAUCAUGGCUGGCUGAUAGACCCCCAGUUGUUAGAAGUAGUAACUGCUGUGGGAACAUGUAGUUACAAUCAAAUAGUAGAGAAAAUUAUCAAUGCUAAAUCUUCAAUGAAUCCAGAAAAACUUGCCGAAGCAUUGGUUGCUGAAAACUUUUUGGAAAAGACUGCUUCUCAACUGACAUACCAUGGGUUGUAUGAGUUGACUUCCCGCCUGAAAGAUGAUGAGUUGUGUGUUUUAUUCAGGAACAAUCACUUUAGUUCUCUCAUUAAACACAAGAAUUGUUUGUAUCAACUGGUUACUGAUCAAGGUUUCCUAAAUGAAAAUGUGGUGUGGGAAACGCUGAAUAACAUUGAAGGUGAUGGAAGUUUUGUUGACUCGGAUUUUAUUAUUGUGCCUCCUAAAGCAUCUGAUGUACCACUGCCACUUGGAGUUUUACAGGAGCAGCAAAUUGAUCAAGACUAUUUGGUUGCUCUUAGUUUGCAAGAAGAGCAACAAAAACAACAAAGCAGUGAACUUGAGUGGGAAGACUAUAAAAAGAAAAAUCUGGGGAUUUCAAAUGACUUAACCGAUGAAGAACUUGCCAUGAGACUACAAGAAGAAGAAAUUCGAGAUCAUGACAAUCAGAGACUUCAACAACAAACUCAGGUUUCCCAACCUCUACCACGGACCAGGUCAAGAGAUUGCAUUAUAUUAUGAUCCUCAAAAGUUCCAAACUGCCGAAACUUUCUGAAGUGCUUACCAGUGGCCUUAAAUAAAACUUGCUUCUUUAAAAAUGUGAAUAUUGUAUAAAAAAUGUUGAGAUAUUCAUAUUUUAAGUGGCAUUUCUCCAAGCAUUUACCUUAAAUCAGAGUAGCAUAUGCAUAUUUUCUAGUUUUCCUGUCAUUGCAGGAUUUGUUAUAUUAUAUUUAGUGUUAUACAUUUAAAUAUUUUCAAUUUUUGUUUUUAUAUGCUGCUGUGAUUUAACUGUUUAUAUAUACAUACAUAUAUAUAUAUAUAUAUAUAUAUACAAUAUUAUAUCAUGAUUUAUCUGCCUUAAAUGUUUUAGAUUGUGAUAAUAUGU